GUAUAGAGAGUUCAGCAUUGUUUAUAUUCUGGUCAGAGGUCUGUGAUUAAGUGUGAUUCUGGUUUAUCUCAAACGAGUUGUUCAUAUUGUUUUAGUCUAGUCUUCUACUCGCUAAAGUCUACACCUAAUCUAAACAAUCUAGAUAAUAAGAUAUUUAUUGGAUAGUGAUGAGUUGGAAUAAUGAAGUAACUUUUUAUGUAAUCCAACAAGUCUACUCUAAGUCUAAGUCUCUAAGUCUAAAUCAUAAUUCAUAGUAUGAAUCAUAGUAAUUUAAGUAAAUGAACUACUAAAUGAGUAAACUUGAAACUAUCUUUCUAUAUAAUAUUACUACAGUCACAGUAUAGACUAUAGAUAUCAUAUAGUUACAAGUAGACCUUUCUCUCUAUAUAUAUUUAUAAUAUAUACUAGACUCUGGUAUGAUUAUUACUAAUACUAAUAGUUAGUAAUAGUAUACUGUUUACUAUACUAUAUAUAUAUUAUACUAUAAUAUAUUAGUAUAUAAUAAUAUAAUACCAUAGAGUCAGAGUAUAGAUAGUAUAAUAUUAUAGUUACAAGUAGAAUCUUGAACUUGAAAUUAUCUUCACUUCUCUGGACUUAAGGCAAGCAGGCAUGCCUCAACGAAAUGACAUGUUCUUGUGUCUACCCCGUUACCAGGACGACUGUGUGGGUUUUUUUGAUUGAUCAUGGAGUUUACAUGCUGGACUCGUUAAAAUAGCGUUGUGUGCAGCAUCGAGAGUUGUGGGCCCCAUAUCAAGUGAGGCUCACCUUUGAGACAUGCUUGGGGUCUACACUUCGGUGCUUCUCGCUGGUUCACGAUGAAAGACACACAAGACGCCGACGAUGACCGGAAGAGCACGAAGACCACCGAGCCCCUGCACAGCAGCACAAACCACAACAACAAUCACACCGGGGGCCGCCAAGCCGAAGACGACGUGGCCGACGGCCGUCGCAGCAAGACGCCCCAACCGGCGGCGCCAGCCUCGGCCAACCGCCUUCACCGCAGCAGCACCGAGGCCAGCGUCGGCACCACGGUCACUACCGAGGAGAGUCAACAGAACGUAAGGUUGACACCGUAUGAGAGACUGAGUCAGGACCUGGCCAAUGACCAGAGGGUUGUCCGUGAGAUCACUCUCGGCCGUCGAAUAGCCUUCUACAGGAUUCGUGGAGAGAUCGGCUCUGGAAAUUUCUCCCAGGUCAAGCUUGGUAUUCAUGCGUUGACCAAAGAGAAAGUGGCCAUCAAAAUACUGGAUAAGACAAAGCUAGAUCAAAAGACCCAGCGACUGCUGUCUCGUGAGAUCACAUCCAUGGAGCGGCUCCACCACCCGAACAUCAUCCGUCUUUAUGAGGUAGUGGAGACACUGGCCAAGCUGCACAUCAUUAUGGAGUAUGCGGGAGGUGGGGAACUCUUCACCAAAAUCUCCAAUGAAGGAAGACUUCCAGAGGCAGAUGCCAAAAGUAUAUUUGCUCAGUUGGUGUCAGCAGUGGAACACAUGCAUGACAACAACAUAAUCCACAGAGAUCUGAAAGCUGAAAAUGUUUUCUAUGCAAAUUCAAAAUGGAUUAAAGUUGGAGAUUUUGGUUUCAGCACCAUAGCACGCAAUAGUGAGAUGUUGAAUACUUUCUGUGGCUCACCACCUUAUGCAGCGCCAGAACUGUUUAAAGAUGAACACUACUUUGGAGUGUUUGUAGAUAUAUGGGCACUAGGGAUACUUCUAUAUUUCAUUGUGACUGGACUAAUGCCCUUUCGGGCUGAAACUGUUGCCAAGCUGAAGAAGUGCAUACUUGAAGGAAGCUAUAGUGUGCCAACGUAUGUGUCUGAUAGGUGUGUCUUUCUCAUUCGCAGCAUUUUGAAGCACAUUCCACAGGACAGGUUUACGAUAGCUGAGAUCAAGAGAAGUGAAUGGUUGGAGAAUCAAGAAUUCCCCGGUCCACUAGACCCUUACAAUUUAAACCCAAGUCUGGAUCCUACUGUGAUCAAUGAGGAGGAGCGUGAAGCCAGAACUGUUUUAGCGAAUCUGGGGAUCACGGAGGACCACUUGAAACAAGCAAGCAUCAGGGACUCAAGGAGUAGUAUCACUGGGACAUAUCGCAUCGUCCUGCACCGAGUGCAGAAGAAAAACUCUGGGCUUCUAGAAUCCAUGGUUGACCCAGUGAUUGACAAACGGGAAUCAAACUCAAACUCUGUUAUUGAGAAGAGACGGCCAAAACGAAGCACACACUACAAUAAUGCCAGAUCUGUUGGAAGUAAACCUCAGUCACGGACAUGCACUAUACUGUGAAUGAAAUGUGAUAAAUUCUAAAUUAUAAAAUACAAAUGUGAUAUAUUCCUCAUUGUGACUUUGAACUACUGUACAUAAUGAAUGUAAUACAUACACCGCUCCUGGAUAGAGCAGAUUCAACAAAAGAUAAUCUUCCAUAUACUGAAGCUUUGAAAGGCUGAGCUGUUUCAUUAAAACUAAUUGUUGAUUUUUUUUGGCACAAAGAAAAAGGUACAAAUCUUGUUCAUUUUAAUAAUUAUUGUCAUUAUUUUGUAACUAUCUGUUACACUUUACAAAGUUAAUGUUAUUUGGAAUAUAUAUUUAAUUACACAUAUACAUGACAGGUAAUAGGCAUAAUAGAGUUCUCACCCUUUUUUUGAAAUAUCAAAACACUAAUUAAAUAUUCAACAAUACUUUUAAAUUAUAAAGUAUUCUUGACAUAUGGUGGCUCUGAUAUUGAAAUAAAUUUGUCUACAAUACAGUUCUGGUUGGAUAAAUACUAGCUGAUACUGGAAGCCUUUUUAAAUAGUCAAGUAGUUAUUGGUGUUUUACUAUCAAGAAUAGAGCUAUCAAACUAAACUUAAUUCUUUUGACUCCCAGUGGAGCAUAGACAGCAUUAGUACUUUGCCUCAGACUGAGCUGGGUGAUUCUUCUCAUUGGGGUAUAUGUCCAUCCUAGGGCUAAGCACUUGGCUGCCAAAAUGAAACUUACCUUAGAAUUCUCUCUCAGGAUUUAAGAUACCUCCUCUAUUGGAUUCCUGACAUUUAUUAGGAAAAGUUAAAGGGUUUAGUCAUUGUGAUGGUCACUUUCAAGUACCAUUUGCCUCAGAAACAUGGAAAUAUUACUUCACUUAUCUUAUAGAACUCUUAUGGGUCAAGAUCAUUGAAUACCUUACCACUGCAUAUUUAUAAUCUCUUUAGCCUCCUCAGAAUAGACAGAUCUUCUCUCCACAUUAUAAAUGCCUCCUCAGAAUAGACAGAUUUUUUCUCCACAUUUUAUUUGCUCGUGCAUAACUUGUCACAUUUCAAAAUUCAUCUGAGCUAAUUAACUUGACAUAUCUUGACCAAUGCUGGACAUUAGUCAAUGUUGAAACUUAAUUUGCUUCAAAAUGCUCACUCGUUUAAAAAUGUGUAUGAGUAUAUUACCACAUCAUUAAGAAAUGCUCACUGUUCAAUUAAGAAUGUUUUGUUUAGUUUUUUUAUUCCUGACUGGUUCAUAAACACGUACAUGUCUAGACUGUUUCAAUGUUUACACUUCUCUUAAGAUUAAUUAGACCAUCUCUCAUCGCUUUUCAUGUUUCCUAAGUUGUCAAGUGGUAGGCGCCUUUUUAAAGUCUAUGCUAUGAUAAAUUACUAUGUGCUCUUUCACUCCUAGUGCCAUUAGAGCAUAAGAUCAGUUUUACAACUUUUAUGUUACUGAAUAUAUUUUUGUAUGUAUUUUAUAUUAUCAAAGCUUCUACUGUUUUUAUGCUAGCUGUUAAUUUAAACUUGUUAGCACACAACAUCACCAGAGUUUGGGCUGUUAAAAACAAUAUAAUUUAAGCAAUAGAAUUGGUAACUUAAAAGAAAUGUUGUGAUGAAUUAAACUUUAUAAAAUGCAAAGUAAAUUUAGCUGAAUUGGAAAUAAUUCAUAGCAAUAAUCCACAUUUAUUCUAGUAUAAUAUCUAGACAUUAUUUAUUUUUUAAAGUCAAUCAAAAUCUUUUUACAAGAUGAAUUUUGUGAUACUAUGGCAAUAUUUACAUAUAUCGAAAAGAUCAUAUUCAUAUCAUAUAUUUUUAUCUCCUUUGAUUAGUUCAGCACAACACUUUGGACUCAUUUUUUUUCCUGUUUUAAUAAUAUGCUGGCAAAUUAGUUUCUCCUAUACAAAACAUUUUUAUUUAAACUCCUGUUAAAAAAAAUAGUUAAUUAACAUGGUACUAGACAAUAUGUGGAUAUUCUUCUAAAUAGAUCUACAUUAUUGACUUUGUAAGCCACCAGAAGAGCAACAUGGAAUUAUAUGCAUUUAUUAAUCCUGGUCAGAACUCUAGCAGUAUUGAAUAGGCUUGAACGUUGUCCCAUAUCUAUGAAUACUUGCAUUAUAGAAUUUAACUCACAGUGAAUUGAUGUGCCAUUCUUCAUCAAAUUCAGUCAAAUCUUUUUUUUUUCAUUUCUUUCUCUUUAAUGCACAUUUAGUAACAUUUGUUUGUUUGUUGCGCUGAACAUUGUAUUGCUUUAGAUAUCAUGAUUCAAUAUUCCUUAUUUGAUGAAGCAGAGACGUUAUUUAGUCUUGGUAUAUUUUAUUUACAUAUGUGCUCAGUGCUAGCCCUAAACAUGUUUGUAAUAAAUUGUUUUUAGUUGUUAUAAAAAAGUACCCACAAUGCCCUGUAUACAUCAGCUAACCAGAAUAGAAAUCUUGUUAAGAGGGUUGGAUUGUUAGAUAUGUAACAGUAAAGAUAACACAUUUUAAAAAAUCUAUUUAUAAGUCUUUACUGUGUGAAACAGUGAUAUGAUUCACUUAAAAAUUUUAUUCAUCUGGAUAAAUAAUUUAUUUCAUUUUUCUCAAAUAAAAUAUUUAUCAAUCAAUAAAUAAAAAAAUGUGUACUUUUUAAAAAAUAGAUUUUCUCUUAAAUAAUUUGAUUAUUUAAUUGGUUUAUUUCAAAUAUUGGAAAGUAAGUUCACAAAGGCUUGUAUUGAUAUUUGCUUGAAACUAUGACAAAUUUUAAUAUUCUGGUUUUAACAGUUUGUGAUGUUCCCAGACAAAUACAGAUAUUGAUUUGACUGAGUAAUCUAUUUGUUAAAGCUUAGGAGAGUUUAAGGGUUGCACAAAAGGUUUGUAUUGGUUGAGUUCACAUUCUGGUAGGUCGUUGUCUAUUUCUUUUCAAAGUGUAUUUGAAAGUUUUGGGAACUAUUUCUCUGUACACUCUUUGAUGCUUUGUUUGUCUCUACACAUUAGGAAAUACAUGUCUGCAUUCAGGAUAUUGUUAAACAUUGCAUAGGGUUAACUGGAAUAUGAGCUUUAUGUAGCUCUAUUUAUCAUCCAGUUUAGGCUUAUCUCAUUGUUUUGAACCCCAGCCAGUCAUGGGCCAGACACAAGUUGAAUGUUAGGACAAUGUGAGACUUUUGACUUUUCCCAUCAUCAUUUAAAAUUGUCCAUAUCUCAAAAUGUCCUAAAAAUGUUUCCAUAAACAAACAAAAAACCUAAACUAAUAUUUUGUACAAAGGUGUAUUCAUAAUAAAUACCUUGCAAUAUUCUUGGUCAAUUUUGGUGGUGUAAAAAUUGAGAAAAAGAAUGUAUUCUAUAAUAUGACCUCAGCUACUCCACAUAGAAUAUUACUCUAGUUCUUCAUUUCAAAUCUUCUUCAUAAAAUCACAGUAAAUAAUAUGUUCAUGCCCCUAAGCUAAACUACUGCAUAUUCUUUUAAUGCUCUUUCUUCUCUACUAGAGCCUUGAAUAUAUAACACUUUCAAUUCCUAAUUUUGGAUGUCAAGACAUAUCUAGUAAAAACUUGUAGCCUACAUUUAAUCUUAACCUUGGAGGUCUAUUUAUACUGAUCACUCAGUCAAAUCUUUAUUUCAAAACAUGUCAAUUAUUUAAGUUGGGGUAACUCUAGGAGUAAAAGCAAAAGGUAGCUAACACUUUAAAUAAGCAGAACUGCAAUUUCCCUGAGGGCAGCUUACUCUAGCAGAUGAGUUGAUUGUAGCCAACUUUCAUCAGAUCUGAUUGCGGCUUAAUGUCUUUUUUUUUUUUUUCUAUUUCUGUACGGGUAGUGAGUUUAAGUCAAGAAUAUAUGAUUAAUUGCAUUCUUGAGUUAUUCAUUGUUAGAACAUAAUAUGUCAGAUUGUUCAGAGAUAGAUUAAGACUGAUAGAUUAAGACUGAUUGAUACAAAUGAAAUGAAAAUAAUGCUAGAGUGUGACUGAAUAAAAAGACUGAAUAUGAUUCUGUUAAUUUUUUUGUUAUUGUUUUGCUACUGGUGUUUGAUUUGUUAUAAUUAAUUUUGUAGUGCACUAGCAAACAAAGUUUUAGAAUAAUUUAAUUUAACCUUUUUAAAAAAAUCUGUAUUUGAAUUUUCCUUCCUGUGACUAUGGCAAUGCAUUUUAUAAGUUUUGCAGAUCUUUUCUAAGCUAUUUUGACUUUUUAUACGUAGCAGUAAUUUAAACAUUUGUUUGCUUUUAUUAUCUUACAAGAAGAAGAAAAUCAUAAUUUAUUGUAAAUAAAUGGCAAGUACUCUUUAUCAUAGAUAUAGCCACAAAAAAAACACAGCAACAGACUUUGUAAACUAUUCCUCUCUACAUUUUUUAAAAGAAACAUUGAUUUGAAAAGUUCAAGUUAACUACAACUAAAACAAUGUCUAGCAGAGUUGUUUCUCUUUGUAAAAAAACAUGCACUUGCACAAUCACAUGACUAAUGGUUGCUGCAGGCUUAUAAAACAAAUAGUCAUUCAUGUGUAUAGAUACAUAGAAUAAACAUAUAGGUACAUUUUUAAAAAAUAAAUAUUUAUGAUGUAUGCAUGGUAUUUAGUACAUUGAUAAGUAAGAUCUUAUUGUAUACUUUUUUUUUCACCUGUCCAUUCACAUCAUUUGAUGUGUAAGAUUGCACAACACAGUCAUUUUUUUUUAGCAUGAAGUUUUUACAAUUAGAUUUGACUUUGUAUAAAAAGUUCAAAAUUUGUUAAGGAAAGAAGUUUGUGUGCAUAUUUCAAAUAGAAUUUUCAAAGCAAAAUCUAUUUUUGAAGUUUCUAGGAAUUGAUUGAUAUACCUUCUGAUUGUUUCCCUUGGAAUGAUUGAUUUCAAGACAAGUUUGUGUCUACUUUAAGUGACAUAAUCACAUGUCAGUAAUUGAUGAGAUGUACCACACAUAGUACAUAAACAUUUUUUCUUGGCCGUCCAGUUUUGUGUUUAUCUUCAUUUCACUCCAUUACUCAUGCUUUUAUUUUGUUCAACUGGAUCCUUUGUGUUUCUUUCCUUCUUUUAGUUCUAGUCCCUAGUCUUUGUUCAACAUCUAGAUGAAAGAUUCGACUGAUGCAUCGUUUUGAAACAGCUGAGCUUUGACCAUCUAGUUCUACACUGUUUCACAUUUUUACUGUUAAUUUGUAAUUUGAUUUUGUUUGUAGUUUUUUUGUUUCUUUGCCCUCUUUUAAAAUUGUAAAAUUUGACUCUUGGUAGAUAUUGAAAUUGUAUUUCCUUUGAUGUUCUAUUUUAGAAUAUACUCAAUGUGUGUGUGUGUAUAUGUAUGUAGAUAAUAAUUCCCUGUUAGUCAGGACUAAAAUGGUCCAUGAGUUUCUGUAUGUUGAGAGUCACUGCUCCAUAUGAUUUGACUUUCUUCUUCUAUGACUACAUAAUGGAUUUUAAAAGUAUUCCAUCAAAGCUCACUAGGGAAAGAUGUUUGUUACUACAACUAGAAUGAGACCUUAAGUUUAAACAUACAUGGUAGCACUCUAAUAAACAGUUAAAUGGGACAAGUACCAGCUUUUUGUUUUCCUAUCCAUCUUGUGCAUUGUUUGAUCUUAUUCCAUUUUUUCGUGUUUUGCAUUUUGAUAUUUUUUAACCAAUAGAUGUGGACUGGUUUUAACAAUGUUUUAAAUAAACUUGUUUGAUAAUGUAACUCAUUUUUUACUGGUUUAACUUUUUUUUUACCAACCUAAAUUGAAUGUUCAUUGUAGACAUGUAAUAGUAGAAGGGGAACAAUUGUGAUGUACAUUGUAAUGCCGAGAGACAAGUGUGGACAUUUUUGAAAGUAGCCAUUUUGUUGUGUUAUUUUCUUCCAAAUGUGUUGAUAUUUCAAACAAUCAUCUGAGCACAAAUUUGUUUUUUUUCACUUUAUUUAUGACAUCUUUUCAAUAAAUUACACAUUGGAUGAAAAAGAAAUUUG